GUAAACGUCAUUGGUGACCGACUCCUCAAGGAACUCCCGUUUCCCCUUCUAAGUCGGUCAUCGCUCAGACUCUUCACGCUAUAAAUUUCCUCAACAUCCCCUCUUUCUUUCAUUCAUCCUUUCUUGUUGUACUAGUCUUCUGAAAUUCUCCCCAAUUCUUCUAUCAAAAGCGGCUUUCUAUUUUCUAUCCCAACAAGAUGCAAAUCUUCGUGAAAACCCUCACCGGGAAGACCAUCACUCUUGAAGUUGAAAGCUCUGACACAAUUGAUAAUGUGAAAGCCAAGAUUCAGGACAAGGAGGGCAUCCCUCCGGACCAGCAAAGGCUGAUAUUUGCCGGAAAACAGCUGGAGGAUGGACGCACCCUUGCCGACUACAACAUUCAGAAGGAAUCCACCCUUCACUUGGUUCUGCGCCUGAGGGGAGGCAUGCAGAUCUUUGUAAAGACCCUUACCGGAAAAACAAUUACCCUCGAAGUUGAAAGCUCUGAUACAAUUGAUAAUGUCAAGGCAAAGAUUCAGGACAAAGAGGGCAUUCCCCCAGACCAGCAGAGGUUGAUUUUUGCUGGAAAACAACUUGAAGAUGGCCGCACCCUUGCUGAUUAUAACAUUCAGAAGGAGUCGACCCUUCACUUGGUGCUUAGGUUGAGGGGAGGGAUGCAGAUCUUUGUGAAGACCCUCACGGGAAAGACUAUCACUUUGGAGGUUGAGAGCUCAGAUACAAUCGACAACGUGAAAGCUAAGAUCCAGGAUAAGGAGGGAAUCCCUCCGGAUCAGCAGAGGCUGAUCUUUGCUGGCAAGCAGCUUGAAGAUGGCAGGACUCUUGCUGACUAUAAUAUUCAGAAAGAGUCAACUCUUCAUUUAGUGCUGAGAUUGAGGGGUGGAAUGCAGAUUUUUGUCAAGACGUUGACAGGGAAGACCAUAACUCUUGAGGUGGAGAGUUCAGAUACUAUAGAUAAUGUGAAGGCAAAAAUUCAGGACAAGGAGGGCAUACCACCAGACCAGCAAAGGUUGAUCUUUGCUGGUAAGCAGCUUGAGGAUGGCCGCACGCUUGCAGAUUACAACAUCCAGAAGGAAUCAACGCUCCAUUUGGUUCUCAGGUUGAGGGGGGGAAUGCAAGUUUUUGUUAAGACUCUGACUGGAAAGACCAUCACUUUGGAGGUGGAGAGCUCAGAUACGAUUGAUAACGUCAAAGCUAAGAUCCAGGACAAGGAGGGGAUCCCACCUGACCAGCAGAGAUUGAUCUUUGCUGGUAAACAGUUGGAAGAUGGAAGGACUUUGGCAGAUUAUAACAUCCAGAAAGAGUCCACCCUUCACCUUGUCCUGCGUCUGCGUGGUGGGAUGCAAAUCUUUGUGAAAACACUCACCGGGAAGACCAUCACUCUUGAGGUUGAAAGCUCUGACACAAUUGAUAAUGUUAAAGCCAAGAUCCAAGACAAGGAGGGCAUCCCUCCAGACCAGCAGAGGCUGAUUUUCGCUGGAAAACAGCUCGAGGAUGGACGCACCCUUGCUGACUACAACAUCCAGAAGGAAUCCACCCUUCACUUGGUUCUGCGCUUGAGGGGAGGCAUGCAAAUAUUUGUCAAGACGCUUACCGGAAAAACAAUUACCCUUGAAGUGGAAAGCUCUGACACAAUUGAUAAUGUCAAGGCUAAGAUUCAGGACAAAGAGGGUAUUCCUCCGGACCAGCAAAGGUUGAUUUUUGCUGGAAAACAACUUGAAGAUGGACGUACCCUUGCUGAUUAUAACAUUCAGAAAGAGUCGACCCUUCACUUGGUGCUCAGGUUGAGGGGAGGAAUGCAAAUCUUCGUGAAGACACUCACCGGAAAGACUAUAACCUUGGAGGUUGAGAGCUCGGAUACAAUUGACAAUGUUAAGGCUAAGAUACAGGACAAGGAGGGAAUUCCUCCGGAUCAGCAGAGGUUGAUUUUUGCCGGUAAGCAGCUUGAGGAUGGCAGGACUCUUGCUGACUACAAUAUUCAGAAAGAGUCCACCCUUCAUUUGGUACUCAGGUUAAGGGGUGGAAUGCAGAUUUUUGUUAAGGCUUUGACAGGGAAGACCAUUACUCUUGAGGUGGAAAGUUCAGAUACAAUUGAUAAUGUGAAGGCAAAAAUACAGGACAAAGAGGGCAUUCCCCCAGACCAGCAAAGGUUGAUCUUUGCAGGUAAGCAGCUUGAGGAUGGGCGCACACUUGCGGAUUACAACAUUCAGAAGGAGUCAACCCUUCAUCUCGUGCUCAGGUUGCGAGGAGGAAUGCAAAUUUUUGUUAAGACUCUGACUGGAAAAACCAUCACAUUGGAGGUGGAGAGCUCGGACACCAUUGAUAAUGUGAAGGCUAAGAUCCAGGACAAGGAGGGGAUCCCACCAGACCAGCAGAGGUUGAUAUUUGCUGGGAAACAAUUGGAAGAUGGAAGGACUUUGGCCGAUUACAACAUCCAGAAAGAGUCCACCCUUCACCUUGUUCUGCGUCUGCGUGGUGGCUUCUAAAUGCUCCAUCUGUUUCAGCCCGCUUGGCUGACUUGUGUUUGGUGUUUAUGCCUUGGGCCAAUGGCUUCUUAAAAAGUUUUUAAUUUAGUAUUGUUCCAGGGUUUGCUGGUGGUGUUAUUCCAUGUAUGUAUGUAACGGGAAGUGAUGCCAGUGUUGUUUGUUUUGUUAAUAAAAUUUAGAAUUUUCUAAAUAUUCUUACCCUG